UUCUCAGGAGAUUGAAAUUAUUGUGUUUUGUCCUCCAAAUUGAGUUGCUAUGACGUCACAUGCAAGGGGUCUUUAUGGCAGCCGGAUAAUAAUAACUGUCCAAGACCACAGACUCGUAUUCUAUUUAUCAUUCAUCGUUCAUCCCUCGACUCCUUCAUAAACAUGUCGGUGAUACAGACUCAGGAUCGAGCCGUGCCACUAAAGUACAAGCAUCCAGUUCUAUUUAGUGAGAUCGAUGGAGUUAUUCAUAUGCCUGGGGCAACGAAAGAGAUACUACAAACUGUUUCUAAACUAGAAACUAAAAACACUGAUGUAAUUAUUGCCACAUGGCCCAAGUCAGGCACAACAUGGGCAAUGGAGAUUGUAUGGCAGAUAUUCAACGAUGCUCAGAUCAGUAAUACCAGAAUUGAUCAGAAAGUGAAGUUCAUUGAACUCUUGUAUAUGCCAAGCUCUUCUGGCGACUUUCACUCCCCUGAAGAUGUAAAAAAAGCAUUCGAAAACCUCUCAUCGCCUCGUCUUCUGAAGACACAUUUACCUUAUAGCCUUGUCCCAAAGGGAGACAUCAACAACAACAACGGCGCGAAGAUUAUUUGGGUUGUUCGUAACCCUAAAGACUGUGCUGUGUCGUAUUAUCAUCACUAUAACGGCUUUGCUAUCCUGGACUGUGAUUGCACCUGGGAUGAAUUUUUCGAGCAUUUCAUGAAUGGAAAAUUGGUCGGCGGUUGCUGGUUCCAAUACACGCGCGAAUGGUGGCAACACAGACACGAUCCAAAGAUCCUCGUCAUCAAGUACGAAGACCUGAAGAAAGAUGCUAAGAAAACCAUCCAAAAGAUCGCAUCGUUUGUCAACAAACCCGUCAAUGAAAAGCUACUUCAGCGAAUCGUUGAGCAGACGACAUUCAGAGCCAUGCAAAAUCGCCCGGCGUUCGACCACAGCUGGUUUGGGAAGAAACCUGGGUUCGAGUUUAACUUCAUCAGGAAAGGCAAGGUUGGAGAUUGGGCGAAAUAUUUCACGGAUGAACAGAACAAGAGAUUUGAGGAGCGUUUUGAUAAAGAAAUGAAAGGUAGUGGACUUACGAUGGAUUUCUUUAACUAUACUGAAUAAAUGAUCAGAUAUAACGAAUGACGUAAUUUGUUGUUACGUAGCCUAGCGAAGGGGACACUAGAGAAAAACGUUUGCACAUGCGUGCACUUCAGCACGUUUUCUAAGAAUUAUGUAGAGAGUUUGAGUGAGAAAAUAAAUGUUUGUUUUCU